AUGAAUAUAAGACAAUUCGGGGAGUUAAUAAUCGGCAAGAUCGAAGAAAUCAUUGCUGAAUAUGAAAGCAGAGAAUAUUAUCGUAAUACUAUACCAGUUCCAAUCAUCCAGCAUAAUCGUAGGUCCGGGGAAUUAAAGAAAGCUUAUCAAUAUAAAACUAAUAGAUCUCAACAUCAAACCCGCUCCAUUUAUAGUAACAGGAAAUAUCUAAAACAAGGUCAUAAGAAUGAGGAUAGAACGGAGUGCUAUUAUAUAAAGAGGGAAACAGUAAAACAAGAAGGAAUCUCUAAGCCUAACGACGAAACCUCAAGUAGCUAUAAGAUCCUGCCAAACAAUGAGUUAUGGAAAAGUUAUGCAAAAAAAUGCACCAGUCAGGAGAGAGGCCUAAAAUUAAAACGAGUUAAUAAUAAAUGGCAUAAUAGAGAAAAAGACAGAAGCUUUCGUUUCAACAAUCAGACACAAACAAGUACCCCAAAUUUAAAAAAGCUCCAAAAUAUAAAUUAUAAGACCCAGGCCAGUAAUGAUUUAUGGAAUAGCCCUGCGAGAAAAUAUGUUAAUCAAAUUAAAAAUCAAAAGAAAACAAGGCAUAUUAGUAAGCAGUGGAGUGAUAAAAAAACGAAUCUGAACCAAAAUAAGGAGGAGGAAAUAUACAUGCCUUGUUUAAUAAAGACAAAAAAAGGUCUUACUUAUACUCCUAAUUGGAAAGAAGUAACCCGUCGUCCAAAAGAUAAUCCUAGAAAGACAAGUGCCUAUGAAAACUCAGAUAGUAAAGAGGAUGAGAACUAUUUAUUAAAAAUAGAAUGCGAAGAAUUAUAUAGUCAUCCAACUUAUCCAGAAACGAAUAAUACAAAUGUCAUAAAAGCUGAUAGUCAGUUUUAUAAGGAAUCAAAUAAGGAAAUGCUUGAGAUCCAAUGUACUGUUUGGACGGAAAAAGUCGAACAACUCCGAAGUCUACCUAGUGUUACAAAAUCAACGUUAGUAGAUAAGCAAGAUGUAAAUUUAAAUAAUGAUAAAAUUGUAAACUACUUAUCUAAAAUUGACAUUGAUCGUCUAGAAGUCAAGCUUAAUGAAGAAAUCCCAAAACCUGCCAACAAUAAAAGAUUAGUUAAUAGAAAUAAAAUUCUUGAUAGACAGAAACAAAAAAGAGAAAAAA